AUGUUCAAAAAUGGGAGCAGCGAGAUUGGCCAUGACUUGGUCACGUUUGAGGACGCGUCGGGCAGUGGUUCAGGCAGUGGAUCGGGGUAUUGGGAUGAUGAUGAUGAGGAUGACGAGGAUCAUAACUUGAAAGCCUACUUUAUCCCUCUGUGUAUCCUAGCCGGUCUCAUUGUGAUGGUGAAUAGCUUCAUUCUGGUGAUAGUCUGGAGAAAUGUGAAACUGCGCAGCAACUGUAACGCGUUGUUGGUCAGCUUGGCUGUGGCGGACGGCACUACAGGUCUCGUGGGGAUACCCGUGUUUGUGUCCUUACACUUUGCGCAGGAUAGAAUGACAAUACAGCAAUUGUGUUUCACGUAUAUCUCGGUGCAUACGUGGUUCUGGUUCAUGUCCAUUGUCAGUAUAUUCCAUCUUCUGGUCAUCGCAUGCGAGCAAUAUCUGGCAAUCCUCAAACCGUUCAGUCACGACAAGAUUGUAACAAAAACAUCCACCGCAAUCACACUCGCUAUCAUUUGGCUGCUGACCAUUGGUCAUUCGCUCGUACCUUGGUCCUGGACUCUCCGUCUGGGCGAUGAGUUUUGUUACGUCUACGACGAGACAGAGGAACGGAAUGACAAAAUCUACACCAUCCUUUCAAUCGUAGCAUUUUUCUGUGUGCCAAUUGUAAUCCUGUUCUACGUCUACUACAGGAUUGUUUCCGAAGCGAAACGCCAGUUGUGUCGCAUCAAACGUGAAUCUGUGUGCUCGAGAGGCAAGUACCCUAGCCUGUCAUCUUGUACUCGCUUUCGUGGCUUCUAUAUUAUCGCACUGAUGUUCGUAGUCUUCGUGCUAUGUUGGGCCCCCUAUUUCGUGUCCGUCUGCUACGAAGCUUUCGGACAUGAAAUCGAAAGUUGGCUCAGUUACAAGUUAACCCUGCUGCGUUUCCUACCCUCUUUGCUCAAUCCCAUCAUGUUCGCGUUCUGGAGAAGCGAUUUUCGUGCCGCGUGCAUUGAGAAGUUUUGUUGUUGCGUCGCCACGAAUGAUCAAACGCGUUCCACGUUGUCAAGUGGUAAACAGCAGUUGCCACUGAUGAACAGAGAGAACAGACUCUCGGAUUCGAAAGACUCCAAACCACAAAAUGUCUGA